AUGUCUCAAGUUAUACUUCCAAGUGAAUUUCAAAGAAUACUCACAACCGCAAAAGCAUUUAUUACUACAGUUCCUGAUAUUGACCUUAUUCUUAAUGGACAUUACAACAUUAUAUUUGAAAGUAAAACAGUGUCAGAAUUAUAUCUCCGAUCGGCUCCAUUGUUUUGGAAUUUUUUAAGAAAUCCGAAUAUAUCAUUUGAUAAGAAAUUAAAAUUAUUUACAUAUUUUUCUCCAUGUUCUAAACAACCUCCUCAAUCAAAUUCAGGUUUAAUUAAAAUGACUGAUGACCAAUUAAUGUUAUCGUUAAAUGAAGUAAUUAAACGAAAUAAUAGACUAAGAAUGGAUCCAAUAUUUUAUCAAACAUAUCUUAAAGAAAGAAAUGUUGAAGAACAUUUUGAAAGUUUUUUACAAUUAUUAAAGGCUCAUGACAAUAUGAGAAAAGAUCCAGUUGAAAUAGUAGUUGACCCAUUUUAUUUUGCUGGUGUUGAAUUAAAAAGAAAAGAAACACGUGAAGAACUUAUUCAAUUAAUUUUAAAAGCAUUUCAACGUGCAAGUCAAAAUACUCUUAAACAAAUAUUUAAUUCUUUAAAGGUUAAUCAAACUCAAUGGGAUGUAGAAUUAAAUUUUGACCAAUAUUCUGUUAAAGAUUUAAAGAGUCUUUUGUAUUUAUUUAAUUAA